UUUGAUAAAAAUGCCAGAUAUAACCUUAUAAUUCUAAGGUGACGAUUUAUAACCACCUAAGAGAAAUUUGGGGGUUGCGAGUCACUAGCAUUAUAAUUUUAGAGGUUUCGAGCUAAAAAGUUAGGGAACUCCUGUUGUAAUGAAACACAAUCAGUUUAAUUAUCUAAUUACAUACAAUAUAAAGUAUUUAAAUCAAAGUUAAAGUUUUCAGAGAGUCAAAAAGAUCUCUAGAGCAAACUGUGUUUCUUAACACCAGUCAAAAAAUCAUGGCAGUAGUAUGAUAAUUUGGGAAGAAUUUGUUGCAUUGGGACCUUGACAUCUUGGCAUCAGUAAAACAACAAUGAAUUCUGCUCUGCCCCAGAGAAUCCUCCAGGAGAAUUUAAAUCAGGCAGUUUGUAAACUAAACCUGAAACCCAGCUGGGUCGUUCUCAAAAACAACAAACCCUAAAGAAUAGAAAACUUUUUAAAAUGGCCUUGUCACAAUCCAGAAUUAUACUCGGAUGAAAAGCUGUGGCAGGAUCUGAAAUGCACAAGUCAUGCUUUAACGCCUACUAAUGUCACUGAGUAGAAGAGGGCCAAAAUACUUCCAUAUAAAUAACCAGAGGAAACAUUUGCUUGGAGCUACCGCUGCUAAUGUGGGUGCAACCAGAUAUCAGUUACGCUUCCAUUAGCAGGAUUAACUGCAAAUAGUGUGAAUGUACAAAACUUUCUUUAAUGAAUGCAUGAAAGAUGAAUCUUGUCCUGUUUAUGUUCACGAAGGGUCAUUGAAUGGGUUUGGUUGAAGAUCCGUUAGGGGCACAAACUUUUUCACAGCAUCAUUUUGGCUAGUUUUGUUUAUUUCUUCAGCCUUUUAGCUCUUCUUUUGAAGCGGUCACACAUUCUUAAAUGGAAUGUGAAGAAAAUCUUGAUGGACUUCCUUUUGCGUCAAUGCCAGGAUCAAAUUACAAUCCAGAAGCUUGUUGUUACAUUUCGUGAUGUGUAGGCACCCAUCAGAAGAUAUCAAGUGUCAGCUGAAAUCUCACUUAGUGAUGUAUUCUCUGAUUAAAUUCUGGAGCCAAUCAGAAGACAGAUCUCCCAAGGGCCAUCUUAAGUGGGAGGGGGGGUCAUGGUAUCCCCUUGUGAUUACAGUAGGCAAUGAAGGACUCAAAGAAGCAAUGGCCACCAAGCAAUCACAUCUUGCAGAAGACCUGUCGUGCCCCAUCUGCGGAAGUAUUCUGCAAAAGCCUGUGGUGCUGUUUUGCAGACAUCGCUUCUGUAAACCUUGCCUGGAAAGCCUGUGGAACGGUGGAGGGUCUUGCGAAUGCCCUCUUUGCUGUCAGCCAUCAUCUAUGGGGGAGCUCGUAGUCAACACCGUGCUUGAGAAGACCUGCGAGGGCUUUCUGGAGAAAUGCAAAAAUGACCCUCUUGCGUGCAGGGAGCAUGGUGAGACCUUGACGCUCUUUUGCUUGGAGCACCUGGAACCAACUUGUAGCAAAUGCAAGUCAUCAAUGAACCACCAGGGACACAGAUUAUAUCCAUUAAAUGAAGCUUCCCAUGACUGUAAGGAGGAACUCAAAAAUGCUUUAAAACCACUUCAGGAAAAGUUGAAGCUCUUCCGAAAAGUAAAACUCACCUGUGAGCAUGCAGUGAAUCAUAUUAAGAAUCAGGCAGAGAACACAGAAAGGCAGAUCCGAGAGGAGUUUGAGGCACUGCACCAGUUCCUGCGAGAUGAGGAAGCAUCCCGGCUCUCCAUGCUCAAGCAAGAGAGGGAACAGAAGAGGCAGAUGAUGAACGAAAAGAUUGAAGAUUUGGAGAAUGACAUCACUUCACUAACCAACACUAUAAGAAUUAUUGAACAGGAGAUGAGGUCUCAGGAUAUACCAUUCCUCAAGAAUUAUAAAGACACCAUAAAGAGAACCUGGCGAAUUCCCCAGGAUCCAGAGAUGAUAGCAGGUUCACUGCUCGAUAUAGCCAAGCACUUGGGCUCACUGAAGUUUAAAGUGUGGGAGAGAAUGUUGGAAAUCAUUCAGUAUACUCCGGUGACCCUUGAUCCGAACACUGCGGCCAGCUGCUUCCUGCUGUCAGAGGAUCUGACUACAUUACAGUGCUGUUCUCAGACGUUUAAGCUCCCAGAAAACCCUGAGCGUUUCAAUGUCGGAGCAGAGGUUCUGGGCUAUGAGGGCUUCAGCUCUGGGCUACACAGUUGGGAUGUGGAGGUCAAAAACAACACUUACUGGGUUAUUGGAGUGGCCAGCGCAUCCAUCAGCCGGAAGGGAAAGCAUGUGUUGACGCCCGCCGAGGGCUUCUGGACCAUCAGGCUACGAAACGGAGAGUAUAAAGCCUGCACCGCCCCAUGGUCCCCUCUCACUAUGACCAAGGAGCCGCAGGUGGUGAGAGUCGUCUUGGACAUGAACAGGUCCAGGGUGACUUUCUAUGACCUACGGGAGAGGACGCCUCUGUUCACCUAUACAGACAUCAUCACGCCCAGAGCAUUCCCAUACUUUUGCAGCGCGUGUAAGGAGUACCCACUGAAAGUGCUGCCGGCUUGGGUCUCCAUUAAAUCAGAAUGAUACGCAGAACGUCUUACGAGCUAAUAGUAUAGAAAUCUUCAGCUUCACAUGGUUUGGGUUUUUAACACUUCACCAAAACGGUCAGGAAGGGUCUAAAUCACGUGAAAUUCUUUGUCAUAACAGAAUAAAGGUGUGUUGCAGCAUACUGUAUCAGUGAUAACAAUAAUACAAUCAAGUCCAUAUAAUAAUACAAGUCCUCAUGCAGUCACUAAUUUUUUCCCCUUACAAAUAAUUUCCUUAGGGUCCACUAAAAUCUGAAUUUCCAAUGUUAAUUUUGUUUGCACACAUUGCUAGUCUUGUGGACAGUUAUUGUCUUUUAAUUGUUAGUCUAAUGGACAAUUAAUCUACGCAAGUAAAUCCCUGAAAAAUGCUGUUUGUUUUGAUAAUCUUUAAUUAAAAUCUGAACAUCUGUUCCACUCUAAAAUGGCAGUCCAUCUCUGAUGAUGACAGUUUGAUGGCUUGGGUGAAAUAUGUUUAGCCACAGCCCCUUAAACCCUUCUCUGAUCAAUGUGAGGAGAGUUUACUCCUACUGACUUGGUAUUUUAUUUUGGUCUAUUAGAAACUUGAAAAAAUAUGAACCAUGAAAAAGCAAAAUCGCAUCAAGAACAAGAAGCAACAUUGUAACUAUUUGAAUCCCUGUUUUGGAAUAAAACAAUAGAUCAACAGGUAAGAAAGCUUGGAAAGAAACACGAGAUCUACAGGUGUAAAAAGCUCAAAAUAAAACAAUAGAUCUACAGGUGUGAAAGCACCCUUAAA